AUGGCACAAGCCAACUACAAGGAGGCACUGCUGGAGGCUCAGCUGGAUGAGGACGAGGGCGCGGACAUCUUGAUGGUGAAGCCUGCAAUGCCAUACCUUGACAUCAUCAAGGGCUUGAAGGACCAGAGCAACUUGCCCAUCGCCGCAUAUCACGUCUCUGGCGAAUACGCCAUGCUCAAGGCAGCGGCGAUGAACGGCUGGCUGGAUGAGAAGGCGGUCGUGCUGGAGGCCUUGAUGUCAAUCCGACGUGCUGGAGCCUCUGUGAUCCUGACCUACUAUGCCAAGCAGGCUGCCAAGUGGCUUCAGGAGUGA